AAAGGUGUUCUCUUUAUUUGGGAGUUGUGAUAGUAGUGCACCUGUGUCUGACGAUAUAAACGUUUGUUAAUUAUCAUAUAUUGGAGUGCAACAUUUAAACACAUUAUUUUUUUAUUUAGAAUAUAUAGUUCGUGGUUUAAUUUCCAUCAUCCACAUAAACGUUGUUUGGUGAUUAUUAUAAUUAUAGAUAGAAACUUAUCUAUGGAUAAGAUAUUAGAUAGAAAAAAAUGAAUGCAGCUAUGAAAUCUGAAAAUGUUUUUAAAGUUGUGCCUAUCAUUGCAAAGGAUGAAACAACUGUGAUUGAGUUUUUGCUAAAAUUCUUUAUCCGGGAUGAACCAAUAAAUGCAGCUGUAGAGUUAAUGAAAGAGAAAAACGUCAUUAAGAAUUUAAAAAAUUUCCUAUUUGGAUUAUUCAAUAAUGGUUUGGCGUUUAAAGCAGUAUCUCCUAAUGGAGAUUUAAUGGGCGUUGUCCUAAAUAAUCUGACGUACAGAAUAGAUGGAGAAAAAAAUAACGAAAUCGAAGAAGAGACAAAAGAUGAUACCAAGUUUAAUAUUAUUACGGCAUUUUUAGAUAAAGUCGAGCGAGAAGUAGAUGUUUUCCAAAAAUACCCAAAUGUAGAUCGUUUAAUCGAUAUAAAAAUAAUUGCUGUGGAUAAAUCAUUUAGAGGACAAGGAGUAUGCAAAGCUCUAAUUGAUAAAACAAUAGAGUUAGCGUUGGAGAAUGAAUGCCCAAUGGUUUAUAUAGAGUGCAGCAGUUAUUUUUCAGCUAAAGCGGCAGAGAGACUUGGGUUUGAAUGCAUAUAUACUUUGUAUUUUCGAGACUAUUUGGAUGAAAAUGAUGAAGUCGUUUUUAAAACUCCUCCUCCUCACGAUUCUUCGAAGGUAUAUGUAUUACAUUUAUAAAAAUUAUACUACAGCGGCACAAUGCAUCCUUAUUUAGGUAAACAUAUUCAAUGUUAUCCCAAUAAUAUAUAAAUACUAAAUAGUAAAAUAACUCAUGGUAUACGAUGUAUAUUUAAAAUAUUAAUCUAUAUGAAGUUUUAUUAUUAUAUUUUAUAAGACUUAUUAUAAUAAAAUUAUAGUGUGAUUUAUUUAUAAUUUAUAUACAUAUAUAACCAUAAACCAAUAUUCUAUAUAGUAUGAUUAUAAUAUAAUACUACCUAUGUGUGCUAAAUAGAAUAAAUAGAACAUCUUAACUCUUAGUAUAAUAUAAAAGUUCUUAUUGUAUUAUACUGUUACCUAUAUAAUAUAAUAUUAUAAAGCUAGGUCUAUACACAAUAUGACAUAAUAUGUCAAUAUCACAUUAUAUAUGUUGUCACUUGUUAUACCUUAAUAUGAUUAAAAUUCUGAAGUUCUAUCCUCCCUAAAUCCUAAUCCCUUUGAAUAAUUUUAAAUACCCUAUGUAGUUACUUAUAUAGUUAUAUAUAUAAUAAUAUGUUAUAAUACAUAGUAAAAAAUAUUAGCAUAUUGUUAUUUUUAAGUUUUUAAUUAUUUAAAAUGUAUAUUUAAAUAUUAUUGCUUAUAUAAAAAUGUGUAUACCUGUGCUGUAUAAUCAAAAUAUUACCUUAAGACAAUAUAUUAAUAAAACUGUGAACUAUGGACUACUUCAUUUUUUAAUGUAUUUUCAAGCGUUUAUGUAUAAUAAUAUAGGUACCUAAGGUACCACUGUAUUUGACGUUUAUUGUUAUAUCUAGUCUAAAUAAUUUAGCAUUAGAAAAAUAUUAAUACUAUAAAUUAUAAUAAUUAUCACUCUUCACGUUCCAGCCAAGUACAAGAGAGGUAAACUUGAAAAUCUCAAUUUCGUGAAUGGCGAUUCAAUGUUUAGUAGUUAAUUAUUUAAUUUUCACAUUUCCCAAAUGAUCUAUAUGUCAGCACUUAAUAUCGGCUUUUUGGCGAUGACAUUUGAUUUAUUACGAGUUUACGACUAAAUUAUAUCUCCAUCAUACACGUACAUUUAUCAUACAAUUAACAUAUGUACUGUUUAGCUACUGCAACACAAAACAAUACUAUCUAUUGCAGGUGCGGAUCUAGAAUAAAUUUACGGGGUAAAGCAAAAACCAUAUGCGUUUGUGCGUAUUGUAUUUUAUCGGCUGCCAAAAACAGAUAACCUAACAUUUACGUGGAUGGCAGAGUCUACCUUGGGUCCCUUAGUCCCCCACCCUUGGAUCUGCGCCUGAGCUAUUGCCUAAUACUGCGAUAUUAAACAUAUACAUAAUACAUAAUACAAAUGAUUACCUAAUCUACAAUGGGAUUCAGAUUUAAAAGCUUCUUUUUUUUUUUAUAAUAAAAAGAUAAAAAUAAUGUUUACAAAUAAAUGUAUUUCAUUUCAUUUCGACGCUAUGAGUAAACGUUUUAUUUUGAUUUUUUAAUUUUUAAUUAAUAAAAACCUUUUUUUCCUGUUUUCUAUAUUUUUUAUAAAAAUAGGUCUUUUUAAAUUUUAAAAUAGAUCACAAUAAAUGUAUUCAUAUUCACGGUACAUAUCGAUAAAAGUUAUUACCUUAGUAAUGAGUACUUUCACCUUUCCGUACAACCAUAUUAUAAGUCAUUGGUCAUUCCCUAAGCCUUCCAUGACUCCUUCUUUUGGCUAAAAAUCACCUAAUACUUAUUAAAAACCAAUAUCUAACACAAUAAAUAUGAAUACUGAACAAUUACUAUUAUUAUUAAUGAUUAUUUUUGUUUAAAUUAUGUGGAUUAUUAACAGUUAAAUAAAAAUAAUAUACUUAAACUAAAUAAUUAAGAAGUACCUAUUGUGAUAUAUUAUAUUAAAUUAGAAUUAGAAACAAAAAUUUUCCCUUUCUAAAAUCUAAUAUACUCAGACUGUUGUUUACCUUUCUUGGAUUAGCAGAAGAUUCACCAAUCUAAAAUUAAAACCAUGGCCACUGUAGGAUAUUCUACUUGAACCUAAAGAUUUAGAUUUGGACCUAGACUUAUAAGCUAACCAAAAUUAAAAAGUAUUUAAUCAUUGUAAAUAUUUUUGUAAACAUAUUAAUCAUAUAUUUAGUUAACAUUCUUAAACUACAUUAUGUAUUGAUAUUUGAUACAGUUAAAUUAAUAAAAAAAAGUAUAUGUACAACUCAUUUAUUUUGUUGUACAGAAUAUCAGAAAACUUU